AAUAUUUUCUUAUAGCGACGUCGUAAAGCUGGAGGACGGAAUUGGAGAGAAAUUAGCGACAUUCAUUUUCUACCAGGCAUCGUUUGUCAGUUCUAUAAUAAUGGCGCUAGUCAAGGGAUGGAAACUUGCGCUGUUAUGCCUUAUAUCAUUUCCGGUCACUUUGACGCUGGUCGGAAUUGCGGGAUUGAUUGCAUCUCGACUAUCUAAGAAAGAGGCUGUAGCUUCAGGCAAAGCUGGAUCCAUAGCGGAAGAAGUAUUGACAGCAGUUCGGACAGUUUACGCCUUCAGUGGCCAGACAAAAGAAAUAGAAAGAUACGAAGGUCAUCUUGCAGAGGCCAGAAGUAUAAAUAUUAAAAAAGGCUUUUUCAACGGGAUGGCGAUGGGAACAUUAUUCUUCUGCAUCUUUUGCGCGUACGCAUUGUCUUUCUGGUUCGGCUACAGACUCAUGGUCGAAGAACCAGAGACAUAUGACGUGAACACUAUGAUUGCGGUAUUCUUCGGAGUAAUGAUGGGUUCAGCCAACUUUGGUAUAUCGUCAACGCUAAUGGAAGUUUUCGGAGUAGCGCGGGGUGCCGGCGCGCAAAUAUUCAACCUGAUUGACAACGUCCCGCUCAUCAAUCCCCUGUUGAACCGUGGCAUCACUCCCGCUUCCAUUGACGGGAACAUUGAACUGCGGAACGUCGUGUUUCAUUACCCUUCCAGACCCGAUGUGCCGGUUUUGAAAGGCGUAAGUCUCAGCGUACAGCGCGGAGAAUCAGUAGCCUUAGUUGGACCUUCUGGAUGCGGAAAGUCUACAAUAAUACAACUUUUAUCAAGAUACUACGACGUUAUCGACGGCAGCGUUUCCAUCGACGGCAACGAUGUACGCGAGUUGUCAGUACGGUGGUUACGCGCCCAAAUCGGAGUGGUGGGCCAGGAGCCAGUAUUGUUCAAUACAACAGUGCGAGAAAACAUUCGGUACGGGCGUGAGGAUGCGACCGACGAAGACAUCGAGAAGAGCGCACGGCAGGCCAACGCGCAUGAAUUCAUCAUGAAACUGCCUUCGGGCUAUGAGACGUUGGUUGGCGAACGGGGAGCAUCACUUUCAGGAGGACAAAAACAAAGGAUUGCUAUUGCUCGGGCACUCGUACGCAACCCUCGAAUUUUGCUGCUUGAUGAGGCCACUAGUGCUUUGGACACCUCGUCUGAAGCCAAAGUACAGAAAGCUCUCGACAAGGCACAAGAAGGACGUACGACCAUUGUUGUAGCACAUAGACUUUCAACAAUAAGAAACGUCGAUAAAAUCUACGUUUUCAAAAGUGGGGCUGUUGUUGAGAUUGGAAGUCAUACGGAGCUAAUGAACAAAAAAGGUCACUACUACGACAUGGUGAUGCUGCAAUCAUCUCCAGAGUUAACCGAAACAGAGCCAGGGAAGAAUGUAUUAGACCGCACUGUGUCUGUGCAGAGCGAAAAAGACGAAGACGAGCAUUUUGAACCCAUUAUUGAGGAAGCAGCACCAAUUACAGAAAUUCCAGAUACAUCAUUUAUUGAUGUGGUCAAACUCAAUUCGCCCGAGUGGAAAUCAAUAACAGCUGCUAGCAUCUGUUCCAUGAUCAGUGGCUUUGCUAUGCCAAUCCUUGCUAUCAUUCUUGGUGACUUUGUUGGAGUACUUUCAAAUCCCGACACAGACGCUGUGCAAGCCCAAGUGCGACAAUAUGCCCUAAUAUUUGUAGGCGUUGGAGUUUUUUCAGGAAUAACAAACUUUAUAAUGGUAUCCAUGUACGGCGUAGCUGGCGAAUAUCUUACGGCCCGAUUGCGGAAACUGAUGUUUCAAAACUUGCUACAACAAGAAAUUGGAUUUUUUGACGACAAAAACAAUUCAACAGGCGCACUAUGUGCUCGUUUAUCGGGCGAAGCAGCUGCUGUUCAAGGGGCAACAGGCCAGAGAAUUGGCACUGUUUUACAAGCAUUUGGCACUUUCACGUUUUCGCUGGCAGUCUCUUUGUAUUAUGAAUGGCGUUUAGGACUUGUAGCUUUAGCGUUCGUGCCACUAAUGGCUGCUGUGCUCUAUAAACAAGGAAGAAUGGUCACUGCAGAAUCUUUUGGAACAGCAAAGACAAUGGAACAAAGUUCUAAAAUUGCGGUAGAAGCUGUAGCAAAUGUACGCACAGUUGCAUCCCUUGGCAGAGAAGCUACUUUCUUGCAAGAUUAUUCCAUACAAUUAUUACCAGCGCUUGAAAUCGCGAAACGUGCGUCACACUGGCGAGGAAUUGUAUUUGGUCUUUCCAGAGGGUUAUUUAACUUUAUUUACGCUGCCACGUUGUAUUACGGAGGACAUUUAAUGGUGUACGACAACGUCGACUAUGCGACCAUUUUGAAAUCAGCCCAAACUCUGUUAAUGGGGUCAUCUUCAGCGGCACAAGCGUUUGCGUUUGCACCCAAUUUCCAAAAGGGAAUCAAGGCGGCAGGACGUGUCAUGGUGAUACUCGAUAGGAAAUCUAAAAUCACAGAUCCGUAUCAACCCGCAGUUUUUAAUUUUAGAGGAACCGGCGAAGCGAGCUUACAAAACGUGCAGUUCAAAUACCCAACACGACAAACGAUACAAGUGCUCAAGAACUUUGACCUUGAGAUAGAAAAUGGAAAAACUAUUGCAUUAGUCGGCGCAAGUGGUUGCGGGAAGAGCACUAUAAUCCAAUUGCUGGAGAGAUACUACGACCCUGAUAGCGGCAUUGUGGCUCAAAACGGCAUACCAAUACAAAAACUUCGCCUGGUUGAUAUGAGGCAAUCGAUUGGAUUCGUACAACAAGAACCAGUUUUAUUCGACCGUACUAUUGGUGAAAAUAUAGCCUAUGGAGACAAUACGCGAACACCAACUGAAGAUGAUAUAAUUGCAGCCGCCAGACAGGCUAACAUCCACAAUUUUAUUGCAUCUUUACCGAUGGGCUAUGACACUAACAUUGGCUCUAAAGGAACACAACUAUCUGGAGGUCAAAAACAAAGAGUGGCCAUAGCAAGAGCACUGAUAAGAACACCUAAUAUGCUCCUCCUCGACGAAGCUACAAGCGCAUUGGAUACAGAAAGUGAAAAGGUGGUCCAAGAAGCACUGGACGCGGCGAAGGCGGGGCGCACGUGCGUGAUGAUCGCGCACCGCCUGAGCACGGUGCGCGACGCGGACGCGAUCUGCGUGCUCAGCAACGGGCGCGUGGCGGAGCGCGGCACGCACGCGCAACUCAUGCAAUUAAAAGGACUCUAUUACAACCUAAAUAGACGUGGCUACGCUUAGUAAAUUUUAGUUUAAUUGUUUAUUUAAUUAAUUAUUGUAAUUAGUGUUGUGUUAAUUUAGUCUUCAUUUCUAGAGUAAAUACUGUUUUAUUAACAGAAACCAUGUGAUUUUUAUAUAAUUCUACUAAUCAUUUAUUUAGGUGCUACUAUAAAUGUAACUACUUGUACUAUUAGACGAAUUUUACAGACUUG